CUACAUAACCCCGUCGCCCUCCUCCCCUUCUCCUCCACACAAACCCCUCAUCUCUAUCCCCGUAUCACCACCUCACACCCGCACAUCCUGUCUCCCUGUAUUACCGCCUCACACCUUACAUCCCAUCUGCGAUCGCCCUGCGACCCUGCGAUGGCCCCGCCGUCCCUCGGCCUCCUGGGCCCGCCGGAGAUCCACCUCGGCGCCGCCACGGCAAAGCCGGACACCGCCACCGGAGAACCCUUCCUCGACAUGAUGGACGCCGACUUCAACGCUGCCGUCUCCGCCCGGCCGCCUAUAGGCCUGACGGAGAACAACUCCCCGACCUUCGUCUCCUCCGGCAACCCCUGCCUCGACUUCUUCUUCCAGGUCGUACCCGACACCCCACCCGCAACCAUAACAUCCCUCCUCGAGGCCGCCUGGACCAGCGACCCCCUCACCGCCCUCAAGCUCGCAUGCCACCUCCGCGGAGUCCGCGGCACAGGCAAGUCCGACCGCCAGGGCUUCUACUCCGCCACCCUCUGGCUCCACCGCCACCACCCCAAAACCCUCGCCCUCAACCUCCUCCCCUUCGCUGAAUUCGGCUACCUCAAGGACCUUCCGGAGAUUCUCCACCGCCUCGUCGAUGGCGACGACACCCGCCUGCGCGCCAAGGCCAAGCACCGGCCGUCCAGACACAACCUCCGGUGGGGCCGCUACCGUCCCUUCUUCAAGGACGCCAAGCGGGACCGGCGCCAGGAGGGCACGAGGAAGGAGAGGCUCGCCGCCGAAGCGGCCCGGGUCAAAAUCGAGAAGGAGAAGGCGGCGGAGCUCAGGCGGAAGAAGCGGUUGGAGAUGGCGAUCCGCGCGGUCCACCGGUACGAACGGGACCCGGAAUAUCGGUUCCUCCACGACCGGGUCGCCGACGCCUUCGCCGAACUCCUCCGCGCCGACCUCGUCCGACAGAAGUCCGGCGAGUUUAACGGGUUUUCUCUGGCCGCCAAGUGGUGCCCUUCCCUGAACUCCUCCUACGACCGCUCCACCCUCCUCUGCGAGGCGAUCGCCCGCCGCCUCUUUCCGCGCGACUCCAACUCGGAGUACGCCGCCCUGGAGGACCGCCACUACGCCUACCGCGUCCGCGACCGCCUCCAGCGGACGGUGCUGGUCCCCAUCCGCCGCGCCCUCGAGCUCCCGGAGGUCUACAUGAGCGCCGGCCGGUGGGACUCCCUGCCCUACAACCGCGUCGCCUCCGUCGCCAUGAAGAACUACAAAAAGCUCUUCUUGAAGCACGACGCCACCCGCUUCUCCGAGUACCUGGAGUUGGUCCGGCAGGGGAAGGCCAAGGUCGCCGCCGGCGCGCUCCUUCCCCACGAGAUCAUCGCCGACGCCGGCGACGAGGUGGCGGAGCUCCAGUGGAAGAGGAUGGUGGAGGACCUCUCCAAGAAGGGAAGCCUCCGCGACUGCAUUGCCGUCUGCGACGUCUCCGGCAGCAUGAACGGAACUCCGAUGGAGGUCAGCGUGGCCCUCGGCCUGCUGAUCUCCGAGCUCAGCGAGGAGCCGUGGAAGGGGAGGGUGAUAACAUUCAGUGCGGAACCCGAAAUGCAUCGGAUCCGAGGGGAUUCUCUCAAAGAGAAGACCGAGUUCAUCCGGACGAUGAACUGGGGGAUGAACACCGACUUUCAGAAGGUGUUCGAUAAAAUGCUGGCGGUGGCGGUGGAGGGGGGAUUGCCGGCGGAAAGGAUGGUGAGGAGGGUGUUUGUGUUCAGCGACAUGGAGUUUGAUGCGGCGUCGGCGAAUGAUUGGGAGACGGACUACGAGGCGAUCCGCAGGAAGUUCGGGGAGAGGGGAUAUGGGGAGGCGGUGCCGGAGGUGGUGUUUUGGAAUCUGAGGGACUCGAGGUCGACGCCGGUGCCAUCGACGCAGAAGGGGGUGGCAUUGGUGAGUGGGUUCUCCAAGAAUUUAUUAAAGGUGUUCUUGGCGGGGGAUGGGGUGCUGAACCCGGUGGCGGUCAUGGAGGAGGCGAUCUCGGGGGAGGAGUAUAAGAAGCUCGUAGUGUUCGAUUGAAUGCAGAAGAGAUGCGGGAGGUGGUAGAAGAUAUCAUCCAUGGUUUUGGGUUAGGAAAAUAGUCAGAAGUAUAUAUGUUUCCUGUUCAAACUCUUUUCUUUGGCUUUUUACGAAGAAAAUAGAAUAUGUGCGGUAUGAAGUUGGACUUUGGAUACAAGAAACUUAUACUUUAUUUUCCCUGUAUUUUAUUUCUAUGGUUUUGGAUGGGCUGCCGCUGCAAACAGGUCCCUAUUAUUCAC